ACUUAAAUAAAAAACACAGAAGCAACACACACACACAGUCACUCAUACCUCCUCAUCACACUUUCACAACAUAGUUUCAUAUUAUUAUUAUAAUAUCUUCCAUUUUCCAGAUUGCUAAAUCCAUUGCAUUACAUUACAAAAGGAAUCAGAAGGGGGCUUGUGGUGGGGGCUAAGUAACAGAAGCACACAAUAAUACAAUUUGGGAUCUUUUUUUUACACCUUGUGAAUUGUAUGUCCUACUGAUCCUGUCCUUUGAAGAAAUGAUAAGAGUUGGAGUGAUGAAAAGGAAUCUUUGAAAGUAUUUAUAUAUAAUGGGUUCAAUGAGUAAAGAAGACAAUAUGGGUAAACCGGGAAAGGGGUUGGAUGCGGCCGAGAAGGUUGUCGUUGCUGUUAAGGCAUCUAAAGAAAUUCCAAAGACUGCUUUGGUUUGGGCUUUGACUCAUGUGGUUCAACCAGGGCACUGCAUUACAUUGCUUGUGGUCUUGCCUGCACAAACUAAUGGUAGAAAACUAUGGGGUUUUCCAAGAUUUAGCGGAGACUGCGCUAGUGGCCACCGGAAGUCUUACGUUGGAACAAGUUCAGACCAAAAAAUCGAUAUUACGGAUUCCUGUUCUCAAAUGAUACUUCAGCUUCAUGACGUUUAUGAUCCAAAUAAGAUAAACGUUAAAAUAAAAAUUGUUCCGGGAUCACCAUGUGGAGCAGUAGCUGCAGAGGCCAAGAAAAUUCAUGCUAGCUGGGUUGUGUUAGACAAAAAGCUGAAACAUGAACAGAAAAGAUGUAUGGAAGACUUACAAUGCAACAUUGUGAUAAUGAAGAAAUCGCAGCCAAAAGUUCUUCGUCUGAAUUUAGUUGGAUCACCUAAAAAGAAAGAUGAAGCUGAUUGUCCAUUGCCUUCAACAAAUCCAUCUUCUGAAAAACAAGCCAAAAACAAAAGCUCGUCUCUUGAUUCAAUUCGAGGACCUGUUGUUACUCCAACAAGUAGCCCUGAGGUCUUUACUGCAACCGAAGCUGGAACCUCAUCAGUUUCAAGUUCUGACCCGGGAACAUCACCAUUCAUUAUCCCGGUAAGAAGUAAUUCCUUAAAUAAGGAGAAAUUGUUAGCCGGAAAGCAGAACCAAGAUCACCUAGAGUCAAGUUCAGACUCUGAAAGUGAGCAUCUAUCAUCAUCGUCAUCUAGCUUAAGGUUUCAACCAUGGAUGGUGGACCUAAUCACAUCAAGCUGUCAAUCAUCUCAAAACAGGGAAGAGAGUUCACAAAGAUAUAGUUCAUUAGCUCAAACUUCGACGUCCCAAGACAUGUUCAGGAGGUUCUCUAAGCUUGAUCGAGAUAGCGAGCAUGGAAGCCAUAGAAGUGAUGUAGAGUUUAAUGGAAACGUUAGGGAAGCUAUAUCUUUAUCUCGAAAUACACCUUCUGGCCCACCUCCCUUGUGCUCAAUAUGUCAACACAAGGCACCCAUAUUUGGAAAACCACCUAAGUGGUUCACUUAUGCGGAGCUGGAGCAUGCAACCGGAGGAUUUUCACAAGCAAAUUUCUUAGCUGAAGGAGGAUUUGGGUCAGUACACAGAGGGGUACUUCCAGAUGGGCAGGCAGUUGCUGUCAAACAACACAAACUAGCAAGUUCUCAAGGGGAUCAAGAAUUCUGCUCAGAAGUUGAAGUUUUGAGCUGUGCUCAGCAUCGGAACGUUGUUAUGUUGAUUGGAUUUUGUAUCGAGGACGGAAGGAGGCUGCUUGUCUAUGAAUAUAUAUGCAACGGAUCUCUGGAUUCACAUCUUUAUGGACGUCAUCAAAAUCCUUUAGAAUGGGCAGCACGACAAAAAAUUGCCGUUGGAGCUGCGCGAGGGUUACGAUAUCUUCACGAAGAAUGCAGAGUAGGCUGCAUUGUACAUCGUGACAUGCGUCCAAACAACAUCCUCAUCACCCAUGAUUUCGAACCUCUGGUAGGGGAUUUUGGCCUAGCAAGGUGGCAGCCUGAUGGUGAUACUGGAGAAGAAACAAGAGUAAUUGGCACAUUUGGAUACCUGGCUCCUGAGUAUGCACAAAGUGGCCAGAUCACCGAGAAAGCUGAUGUAUAUUCCUUCGGAGUUGUACUAGUGGAGCUUGUUACAGGACGAAAGGCAGUGGAUCUUAGCCGCCCCAAAGGCCAACAAUGUCUCACAGAAUGGGCACGUCCAUUGUUGGAAGAGGAUGCCAUUGAUGAGCUAAUAGACCCUUGUUUAGGGAACUCUUACUCAGAAGAAGAGGUUUAUUGUAUGUUGCAAGCUGCUUCUCUCUGCAUUAAACGAGAUCCACAAUUACGUCCUCGCAUGUCACAGGUGCUAAGGAUACUAGAAGGAGACAUGAUCAUGGACUCAAGUCAAGACGUUGGGAAUCGGAGUGGUAGGAUUUAUAUGGACCAUCAACAAAGUCCAAUGAAGGAGACAUUUGAAGGAGGGUUCAGUAGCAAACUUUUUCUCGACUCAGUGCGUCCUUCUUAUUGGCAAAGGGAAAAGGCCAGAAGAACUUCAUGUGAAGAUCGAAGGUAAUGCAAACCCAAAUGCUCAACACGAUGAACCUGUAACAUUCUUUUUUGUUCAUCUUGUAUGCUUUUGUCCUUGUACAGGACAUAAUUAGUUGUAAUUCCCCCGCACGUGCACAAAGUGCUGGCUAAAUGCUUAGUGAGUAUAUUCUUUCGAGUGAAAUGGAUGAAGCAACAAAGCAACACUAACCUUUAGUUUCAGAUUAAUUGAGCCAAACGUAUUGCUAUUUAUUUAUACA